AUGAACUGUCUGUCGGCUUCCGGCCAAGUCCACCCAGAGCUCUCCAACCUUUUGCAUAUUAUGUUCGAGAUCCCAGGGAGGACGAAACAAACAGCCCAGCCGCAACCCCAAGACAAAAAAGAAAACGCCAUUGCAAAGUCUUCAACACAAACGCUUUUCGGCCCCAUGCUUUUCCACAGUCGAGACAACGAUCUGUCCCAACGGGAUAUGUAG